AUGCGGUUCAACAGACGAACAUCGCCGAUAUCCGCGUUUCUUCUCACAGUACCGUCACUAUCCGCAGCCUUUUAUUUACCAGGUGUAGCACCGACCUCGUACGAUGAAGGCCAAGCUGUGCCACUCUAUGUCAACCAUCUUACCCCGGGAAUAGCGCACCGAGAUGAACAGCUGCAUUCCGUCUUCGCUUACGACUAUUACCACACAGCAUUCCACUUUUGUCGACCGAAUGGUGGGCCGAAGGAUGUUCGGGAGUCGUUAGGCAGCAUUCUAUUCGGAGACCGCAUCCAGACAUCGCCCUUCGAACUCUUCAUGGGGAAGAAUGAAUCAUGCAAGGCAGUCUGUGGCGAAGUCAAGUUCGACUCUCGAAGUGCGAAGUUUGUCAACCGGAGGAUAGCUCAGGGGUACAACAUCAACUGGUUGGUGGAUGGGCUUCCCGGCGCGCAAUUGAACAUAGACGAAACGGAUUCCGACUUCUACAGUCCAGGAUUUGCGCUGGGAGAUCUGAACGAUGAUGGCCAAUCGAUCCUGUAUAACCAUUAUGACAUUGUUAUUGAUUAUCACAAAGUGGGUUAUGGAGGCAAAGAUAAAUACCGGGUCGUUGGAGUGCUCGUUCAACAGGAGUCCCAUCGGGAUUCCAAGGUCCUUGAAGAUGGAACGGUCGAGUGCGGCUCCGAGGAAAGUGGUAUAAUCCUUAGGGAAGAUGGUGAAACCCCGGUAUCUUGGACUUAUGGCGUCUACUGGCGCGAAUCUCCUACUCCUUGGGCUACCCGAUGGGACAAGUACUUGCACAUCGAAGACCCGAAGAUCCAUUGGUUCUCGCUUAUCAACUCCGCCGUGUUCGUCGUGUUCCUGGUUGGCAUGGUGAGCAUGAUACUCCUCAGAGCUCUGAAGAAGGAUAUCGCUCGCUACAACCGCUUGGAUAUGAUCAACCUUGAGGAUCUGGAUGGGACAUCGGCCGCUAUCGAAGAUGGCAUCCAAGAGGAUUCAGGCUGGAAAUUGGUCCAUGGAGAUGUCUUCCGGUGUCCCAAGUCUCCUCUCCUGUUGAGUGUACUUGUCGGCAAUGGUGCUCAGCUGUUCAUGAUGACUGGUGUAACAGUUGUCUUCGCACUUUUCGGUCUCCUUUCUCCUGCCAACCGCGGUUUCUUAGCCACCGCCAUCCUUCUCAUUUACACCUUGUUUGGCUUCGUUGGUGGUUAUGUCUCUGCUCGUGUUUACAAGUCUUUCGGCGGCGAAGCCUGGAAGCGGAAUAUCAUUCUCACGCCAGUCCUUAUUCCAGGACUGAUCUUCACUACCUUCUUCUUGCUCAAUCUGUUCGUGUGGGCUAAGGGAUCGAGUGGCGCUGUGCCUUUCACGACGAUGCUCGCAUUGGUGCUCAUCUGGUUCGUCAUCAGUGUGCCACUAAGCGUCGCAGGCAGCUGGCUCGGUUUCAAGCAGCACGCCAUUGAAGGUCCAACCAAGACGAAUCAGAUUCCCCGGCAAAUCCCCCCGAUGACUGGCAGUCUUCGAACGGUCCCGUCUCUGCUCCUGACUGGAAUUCUCCCGUUCGGAGCUAUUUUCGUGGAGUUAUAUCUUAUCACGACUUCCCUGUGGACAAACAAGAUUUAUUACAUGUUCGGGUUCCUUUUCCUCUGCUAUGGAUUGAUGAUCAUGACCACAGCGGCGACAACGGUGCUGUUGAUCUAUUUUUUGUUGAGCGCGGAGAAUUAUCGGUGGCACUGGAGGGCGUUCGUCGGCGCGGGUAUGACCGGUUUCUAUGUGUUCGUCAACGCCUUUAUCUUCUGGAUCACCCGGGUGAGUUUCGGCGGACUCACGGGAGCCGUGCUCUACGUGGGCUACUCUGCCUUGAUUGGCUUUUUGGUCUUUAUCCUAACUGGGUCCAUUGGAUUCCUUGCCAGUUGGGCAUUCGUGCAACGCAUUUACGGCUCGAUUAAGGUCGAUUAG